AUGAAUAUCUUAACACAAAAAUAAGUACAAGAAGCAUCCGAAACCAUAUGUAAAGCACAUAAUCAAGAAUUGAUUGCAGUUGAUCUAGACUUGUCAGAUAAGGCAUAAAUAUAAUUCUUUUGUGGUAAAUGUUUAGUUGAGAAAAUUAAUAACCAUAAAGUGACCACCAUUGAGUAAUCAAAGGAGAGAAUCUAAUAAAUUAAGAUUUAGUAAAAAGAAAUCAAAUCUAAAGAGAAUCAAGCAAGACUCAACUAUUAUAAAAACAUUUUAGAUCAAAUUAUGAAUUUUAAAUAAUCAAUUGAUGAUUCUUUGGAAAAGAUGUAUAAAUAAAUAUAAUAAUACAUAUUUCCAAUUUAAAAAGAAAAAUCAGAAUUAUAAGAAUUCGAAUAAUAACUAAAUUAUUUUGAUGAUAUAAAAUAGUUAUCAGAAUUGUAUUCUUAAGAAUAAUAGAAAUCACCUAAAUUAAUAGAGGAUAAUCAUUUUAUUAAUGAAAUAUAAAGACAAUUUGAGCUUUUAUUCAAUAACUCUGAAUACUUUUAGACAUUAGAUACAUUUAAGAAUACAAAGGAAACAAUUAAAGAUAUUAUGGAAAAUAAUGUAAUCGAAUUAAUUCCUUAAUUUAUAACAAAAAAUGAUUCAGUAUCUUAUAGUUUAUAUUAAUAGAAAACACCAAGUUUAAGUAGAGUUUGUAGUAAUCAUAAAAAAGAAAUUAUUAUGAUUGACAUGGAUUCUUAAGAAAAGAACAUUGAAGAUAGAUUUGCAUGUGUUGAUUGCAUUUCUGAGAAUCCAAAUACAAAGUAUUAAACUAUUGAAAAUGUAAAUAAAUAAUGGAAGGAAUAUAACACUGAAACUGAAAGGAUUUUAAAGGAAUAUAAAAAUGAAAGCAAAGAAAAAAAAUCUGAAUUAUUUAACUAAAUAGCAUUAAUGAGGAAAAAUUACAAUAAAAAAUUGAAUGAAAUAAGUGAUAAAUUAAUUUCAGAAUAAUUUUUAUGCAUGGAUAAAACUAAUUAAUCAAAUUAAAUAAAAAAGAUUUCAAUUUAAGCAUUAGGUGAUGAAUAAUUAUUGAAAGAUUUAAAGUAGUUAAUUGAUAAGGAAAAAGAAAAAGUAUCAUAAAGCCAAAUAAUAGCAAAUUAAAUUAAUAAAGACUCAAUUUUCAAGAAAGAAAUUCAAAAUCAUUUAGAAUCUUUGCAAUAAUAUGAUUAAUAAGAUAUUUAAACAUCUUUGGAUAUACUGAAGGAUAUUUCAAGUAUAAAUUUAUUGAAUUAAUUAUAGUUGAAAAGAGUUUAAUCAUUUAACUAACUGAAAUGAUCUAAGAAAUUUAAAAAUGUGGUUAGAAGGAUGAAAACUACAAAAACCAAAUUAAUUUUAUCAAAGAAAUUUAAGAAUUAAUUGAUUACUCUAAAAAAUAUCAAUGCUAAUUAAAUCUUUUUGAUUAGACUAUUACAGUUUAUUAAUAACAUGUUCAGAGGAUAGAAAAAAACCUCUAAAAUAUUUAGCUUAAAUAAUAAGAUCAAACAACUAAAUCAGAAUAAUUAAAGUCCUAAUGUUGUAAAUUAUAGAAUAUUUUGAAUGAAUAUGCAAAUUCAUUUGAUAAUAAUAGCAUAGGAUUGAAAAAAUAUUGUAGCAUAAAAUAGUUGGAGAGCGAUUUAAUAAAAUUAUAAGAAUAAAAUAAAAAUUUAGAAACUGAAAGUAUGCUAUAUCAUUUUAUUUAGAAAAUAAUUUAGUUAAUUCUAUGUAAGAGUCCUUUAAGUAGAAAUUUAAUGAGAUAAAUGAUAAAUUAGAAUAAAAGGAAAAAGAAUAUAACAAUAUGAAAGAAUAACAUGAAUAAAGAAUUUAAGAUAAUAAAAAGUAAUUUGAAUAGGAUAAGACUAUACUGAUGAAGAAAUUCGAAGAUGAAUGUAAUAAAUAUAUUUUGAUAUUAUUGUAUAGAAAAUAAAGUUAAAUAGGAAUUUAAUCAAAAUUUAAAUUUAUAAAAAUCAGAAUUACAAGAAGCAUUAACCAAACUAGAUUAAAUUAAUAAACUUAAGUUAGAAUAAGAAAAAUUAAAUAAAAUCCAAUUAGAAAAAGUAUAUUUAUAAUCAAUUUAUAAUAUUAUUUUUAGAUUCAAUUAUAUAACAAAUCAUUAUCAUUUUCAAAUACUUAUAAGCAUGGUAAUUGUUAAAUAAGUGAAGGUGGAAAAGUUGUAGCAGAUACUAGUAAUAAUGGUAAUUAUUGUUUUUGUCUUUGUGAAUAAGCAAUUCCAAAGACUGGGAAAGUAUAAUUUGCAUUUUAAAUGAUAAGUGGAUCAUCUUUUAUGGUUGGAAUAGGAUUUAGAGACAUUAUGUAGAAAAAUAAUUAUUAGAAUUGUUAUAAUACUGGGUAUGGGUAUAUAUUUAUAUUAUAAUAGAACAUAUUUAAUAUAUAAUAGUGGUAAUACUUAUUCACAUCAUAACAAAGAUGUAAAUGCUAAAUAUUUAUCAUUUUAAUUUACAAAUAAUGAUAUAAUAAUAAUUGAAGUAUGUAUUGAACAUAAAUACAUUAAAUGGAGUAGAUAGAAUAAUCCAUAAGCAACAACUGUUGUAAAUAUAAUAUCGAUUAUUAGUAGUUGGAUAUAGAUACAUCAUAAGAAUUAUAUCCAUGUGUAGGUGUUGUUAAUUAUUCUAAAAUAAAAUUAUUGGAUAAUAUACCAGUUUGA